GUCAUCUUUAAGCCGCGAAAUCAAAAACGCUUUGGGCACUUUGGCAGCUUCUUCCUCACUCAGCUCUCUGUUGUUGUCAGAGGCUGGCUUGUUUACUCAAAUGGCCAAUAAUCCUCAAUAUUCAGGGUUACAGCCUCUUCGGCCUCCUAUGGUAGGUCCCGUGGAUCCUCCUCGAAGUAUGCCGCCUAUGGGGUUUCAAUUCCGGCCAGUAGUUCCAGCACCUCAUCCGCAGGAGUUCGUUCCUGUGGCUUCUCAAAAUUUUCAGCAUGUUGGAAGAGGUGUUCCACCAAUGAAUGUUAGACUGCCUCCUCCAGUUCACCAACCUCAGUUUCCACAACCAGUGCAGCAGUUACCUGCAAGAUCUGGUCCACCAGGCCAUGGUAUGCUGCCACAGGCAAUUCCCUUACCAGUUGCUCAGCCUAUCAGGAACUUUGCACCUGAAUUGCCUGUACCUCAGCCUAAUGUGCUACCUCCAAAUAACGUCAUGUCUAACUUAAGUGCCCCACGGCCACCUCUUUCUUCAUCAUAUACUUUUGCACCUCCUUAUGGUCAAAUGCCAAGAAGUUUUAAUGAUUCGAACCAGUACCAGUAUGCACCAAAUGUUUCAUCUGAGGGACAAGUUAGGUUAUCAUCUGAUAGCCAGUCUGCUGUUGCUCCUGUACCUUUGCAGCCCACCGGUGAACGACCUUCUGUCACCACUACGGUUGCUCAAGAAGCCAGCAUCCAACCUAUCUCUCUUGGAGGGAAUCCAGCAGAGUGGAUUGACCAUAAAUCUGCUGAUGGAAGAAGGUUUUAUUACAACAGGAGGACAAAAUUAUCUACUUGGGAGAAGCCUUUAGAAUUGAUGACACCACUGGAGAGGGCAGAUGCAUCAACUAACUGGAAGGAAUUUACCAGUCCUGAUGGAAAAAAGUAUUUCCACAACAAGGUCACUAAAGAAUCAAGAUGGAUUAUACCUGAGGAACUGAAGUUGGCUCGGCAACAAGUGGAGAAGGGAUCUGUCAAGGACAUUCCUCAGGAGAUGCCUGUAGUUCAUCACUCCACAGUAACAGUUUCUCCCCCUGUAACUGAAGCUCACACAUCAACCACUACUGCUCAAGUAGCAUCAAGCCCUGCUUCGGUGGCACCUGUUGUUGCCACUAGUGAUGUUCAAACUGCCAUAGUUUCUAGAUCAUCUGCCUCACCUAUGGUGUCUUCUCCUGUAAAAGAAAAUGCUGAUGGAGUUCGGAUACCUGUUGUUACACCAUGUUCUGAUGCUUCUGAAAAUGCUGAAGCUGCUGUAACAGUCAACAAUGCCGCUGCAGAACUAAUGGAAAAUCCAAAGAAGUUACCAGCUCAGGAAUUUGUUAGUUCCGAGGGAGCUCAUUUACAGGAGAAUAAGGAACCUACCAAUGAUGUGAGAGGAGAGAAAGCUAAUGACAUUGCAGAAGAAAAACCAAUUGAUCUGGAACCUAUGAGUUAUUCAAAUAAGCUGGAAGCUAAAGAUGCAUUUAAAGCACUCUUGGAGUCUACAAACAUUGGGUCUGAUUGGACUUGGGAUCGGGCCAUGAGAGUGAUAAUUAAUGACAAAAGAUAUGGUGUUCUGAAAACACUUGGAGAGCGGAAGCAAGCUUUUAAUGAGUUUGUGGGCCAAAGGAAAAAACAGGAGGUUGAGGAAAGGCGAAUCAAGCAGAAAAAAGCACGUGAAGAGUUUACAAAGAUGUUGGAAGAAUGCUCAGAGUUAACAUCAUCCACAAGAUGGGGCAAAUUAGAGAGCUUAUUUGAGAAUGAUGAACGUUUCAAAGCAGUCGAAAGAGAUAGAGACCGCAGGGAUUUGUUUGAUAGCUAUCUGGAGGAACUUCAGAAGAAAGAAAGAGCAAAGGCACAGGAGGAACGUAAGCUCCAUAUAGUGGAGUACAGACAAUUCUUGGAAUCUUGUGACUUCAUCAAGGCAAGCAGCCAGUGGCGAAAGGUUCAAGAUCGCUUAGAGGCAGACGAACGGUGCUCACGUCUUGAAAAAAUUGAUCGUUUGGAAAUUUUCCAGGAAUAUCUACGUGAUCUAGAGAAGGAAGAGGAAGAGCAGAGGAGGAUACAGAAGGAAGAAAUAAGAAAGGCAGAACGUAAAAACCGUGAUGAGUUCCGCAAAGUGAUGGAAGAACAUAUUGCUGCAGGCGCUCUUACAGCUACAACUCACUGGCGAGAUUACAUCCUGAUGGUUAAAGAUCUACCUGCAUAUAUGGCAGUGGCAUCAAACAGCUCUGGUUCAACUCCAAAAGAUUUAUUUGAAGAUGUUAUUGAAGAGCUGGAGAAACAAUAUCAAAGUGACAGAGUUCGAAUAAAAGACGUGGUGAAGUCUGGAAAGAUUGUGCUUUCAUCAACCUGGGACCUUGAAGCCUUCAAAACUGCUGUAUCGAAUGAUAUUGGCUCUCCAUCCAUAUCAGAUGCAAACUUAAUGGUAGUAUUUGAGGAGUUAAUGGAACGUGUGAGGGAAAAGGAGGAGAAAGAAGCUAAAAGGCGUAAACGUCUUGCAGAUGAUUUCUUUCAUUUCUUAUCUUCUUUCAAGGAGAUAACUCCAUCUUCUAAAUGGGAGAACUGUAAGUCACUUCUUGAAGUUAGUUCAGAGUACAGUGCUAUUGGUGAAGAGAGCUCCUGCAAAGAGAUAUUCGAUAAACACAUCACGCAAUUGAAAGAACAAGCAAAAGAGAAAGAGAGAAAACGAAAGGAAGAGAAGGAAAGGAGGGAAAAGGAGAGGGAUGAAAGAGAGAGGAGAAGGUCGAAGCAUAGAAGGGAAAGAGGGGCAGGAUAUGAAAAAGAUAAAGAGGAACACCUUACAAAAGACGGAGAAGACACUGAAAUUAUUGACAUAAUGGAGGUUAAUGAUUCCAAAGAGAAAAGAAGAUCAGGAAAAAAUGAUGAUAAGAAACAUAGGAAGAGGCAUCAAAGUGAUGAAGACCAAACAAAUGGAAAUGAGAACGAUCGGUCUAAAAGGUCUCAUGGAUCUGGCAGUGACCACAAGAGAUCAAGACGGGCAUCUGGUCCUGAAUCAGAUACUGAAAGCAGACACCGUAGACAUAAAAGAGAUCACCGCAGUGGUUCUCGUAGAAGUGGUGAUCAUGACGAGCUAGAAGAUGGGGAAUUUGGAGAUGUUGGGGAAAGUCGGUUUGUCAACGCGUAUGUUUAUCAGUCCGUGACCAAAUGUGUAUUCUAGAGUUUGUAACUUUGUGUGGUGUUCACAUUGCAAAGCUGCUGCUGACGGCGUCGAAUAGUGUGUGGACUGUCUACUAUGUUUUUCAACACUUCAUCAAAUAUAAACGAGUUGACCAUGCCCAC